AUGUACCGAGACCUAUAUAGUGAGCUCUUCCAGCAUUUAAUCAUGUCUACCACCGAGCGCACCUUCAUCGCCGUCAAGCCCGAUGGUGUCCAAAGAGGUUUGGUUGCCAAGAUCUUGGCCCGCUUCGAAGACCGUGGUUACAAACUUGUUGGAAUUAAGACCUUGGUUGCUUCAAAGGAACAUUUGGAAGAGCACUACCGUGACCUCAAGGAGAAGCCUUUCUUCCCAGGACUUAUCUCCUACAUGAGUUCCGGCCCAAUUGUCGCCACCGUUUGGGAAGGCCUCGACGCCGUCAAGCAAGGCCGCGCCAUCCUCGGAGCCACCAACCCUCUCCAAUCGUUGCCAGGAACCAUCCGUGGUGACUACUGUAUCCAGACUGGCCGCAACAUCUGCCACGGAUCCGACUCUGUUGAAUCCGCCAACCGCGAGAUCGCCCACUGGUUCAAGCCUGAAGAACUUGUCAACUACAAGCUCGCCACUCAACCAUGGUUGUACGAGUGA